AUGUCUCCCUUUUCCUCCCUCGUCUCUCGCCGUGGUGGUGGUAGCCGUGGCGGACGUGGUGGCUCUGGAUCGUUCGGAGGUCGGGAGCGGAGUCCCUAUGCCGGCGAAGGUAUCCUGAACUUUGGUCCCGGGGAAUGGAGCAGCUGGCCCUUCCCCUACACUGACCAGGAUGGGAACCCUCGUCUUCCUCGUACGCACGCGGAGGGUAUCCAGUCCCUCAUCCAAUACGCUGAACGACCAGGCGGUAACCAGGCUCGCGAUCCUUCGGGGUCUCCCGUGGCAAUCAACUCGUUCAGCCUUGCGAGGCGUGUGUGGACCGGUGCAAACCUUUUCCGUAGUGUAUCCGACUCCCGGGUCAGUUUGGCGGCUGUUGUGGCAAUUCACCCACCUCGUCCCUUACCCGCAACGGAUAUUAUUGACCUAACGGACGACCGGAGUGUCGUCCGGUCGGCCCAAGGGCUAUCCCGUCGGGCCUAUCAACGUCCUCGUGCGGAUAGCGAGGUCCAAGAGAUCACUAUAGUGGAUUUGACUGAAGAGGAGGAUAACCGGCGUCGGACCGAGCCUUCUCAACUUGCUUGAGGGGGGCCGGUUCCGGCAACCCCCCACGUUGAGUUUAGCGCCCGUCCGUCGUGGGUCCGGUCCGGUUUAGCGUCGUCCCGAUCAGGUAUAGUGUCUCGCGCUUUCCCCGGACGGGAUCUGCCUCUCAUCACCGCCCGCGCGGGCCCCCGUCAACUAUAUAGUCCGGACGGUGCGUCGCUCAACCAUUUCCCAGUUCCUUCCCACACCCAUACGCUCCUUCUGCACUCCAUUGCCCGGGCACAGCGCACGGGCGCGGACGCCACCAUUUUGGCCCCGUACCCCUCGGAGAUGACCGUUCCCCCAACGAGUGCUACGCCCCCUUUGCUCCCCACUCAUGUCUUUGCGACGGUUCGCUCUCGGCCUCCGACUUGGUCGAUGUCAGCGUGA